UUGAUAUUUGUCUUCAAGUUUUGGUUUCAAUACAUUUUGAUAUUUGUCUUCAAGUUUUGGUUUCAAUACAUUUUGAUAUUUGUCUUCAAGUUUUGGUUUCAAUACAUUUUGAUAUUUGUCUUCAAGUUUUGGUUUCAAUACAUUUUGAUAUUUGUCUUCAAGUUUUGGUUUCAAUACAUUUUGAUAUUUGUCUUCAAGUUUUGGUUUCAAUACAUUUUGAUAUUUGUCUUCAAGUUUUGGUUUCAACACAUUUUGAUAUUUGUCUUCAAGUUUUGGUUUUAA